GACUAUACUUUUUGCUCUCUUUUUGACGAGUUCGAUUGCAUCAGUAUCCUGAGAGAAAAGAAGAAACAGAGAGGAGAAUUCUGAAAGGUCAGGGAAAUUUGGAAUUGAUGGCGUUCGUUGAUGAUGAUGAAGAGGAAGAAUCUGUUCCUCAAUCAGCUUCGAAUUAUUAUUUUGAAGAUGAUGAUAAGAUACCUGUGUCGUUUGCGCGUCUGCCAAUUCAAUGGAGCGAGAAGGAGAAAGUGGAUGGAAGUGCAGCUGGUUUUUACUUGCGAGGAACAUCAGAUAAUGGUCUUUUGACUCUGCAUAAGCGUGUUAAGGCUUGGAGAUUCGACCUUUCCAACUUCAGACCGGAGAUUUCUGUUCUUGGCAGAGACAACAUAUGGAUUAAGCUUGAGAAGCCGAGGAAGAGCUAUGCCGAAUUGAUAAGAAGUGUUUUCAUAACCGUGCAAUCCCUUCAGUUUCUUAGGAGGAAUCCUCAAGCUUCGGAUAAAUCUCUCUGGGAGCAUUUAUCUAAGAUUUCCAAGGCAUUUGACGUGAAGCCAUCGCAGAAUGAUUUGGUGGAUCACAUUGAUCUAAUCGCUGAAGCUGUUAAACGAGAUGGAAAAUUGGCGAAAUCGAAGUUUAUACUUGCAUUUCUCGCAAAGAAGCCUUCCAAAAAGAGAUUACCUGAUGAGGACAAUCCAAAGGAUGAUUUCAUAGUUGGAGAUGACUCUGUUGUAGCUUCCGAUGAAGAUGACUCGGAUGAUGACGAUGAUGAUUUUUUUGAGUCUGUGUGUGCAAUGUGUGACAAUGGUGGCGACCUUUUAUGUUGUGAAGGAAGCUGCCUGAGAUCAUUCCAUGCUACCAAAAAAGAUGGUGAAGACUCACUUUGUGGUUCUCUUGGCUUUACCAAAAUGCAAGUGGAAGAAAUUCAGAAAUACUAUUGCCCAAACUGUGAGCAUAAAAUUCAUAGUUGUUUUAUUUGCAAGAAGCUUAGCUCCUCUGAUAACUCUACUGGGGAAGCAAAGGUUUUCCAAUGCGUGUCAGCCACCUGCGGCUACUUUUACCAUCCUAGUUGUGUUACAAAACGACUAGGUCUAGGAAAUAAAGCAGAGGCUGAAGCACUAGAGAGGCAAAUCAUUGCAGGAGAGUUUACAUGCCCACUGCACAAAUGCAGUGUCUGUGAAAACGGAGAGGUUAAGACUGACUCUAAUUUGCAAUUUGCUGUAUGCCGGCGUUGUCCAAAGUCCUACCACAGAAAAUGCCUGCCGCGGGAAAUUUCUUUUGAAGAUAUUGAGGACGAUGAUAUAUUGACAAGGGCGUGGGAUGGUCUCCUAAACAACCGUGUACUCAUAUAUUGCGAAGAACAUGAGAUAGAUGAAGAGCUUGGGACACCGGUUAGGGACCAUGUUAGAUUUCCUUAUACUGAGGAGAAGAAGCUUUUCACGACAGAGAAAAGAAAGAUACUGGAAUCACAUGUGGGAAGAGACCAAGCGAGACCUAAGGUUAAGGAUCUUGCCUCACGAGACACCUAUGGAAAAGCUUCUGUAAAAUCAUUUAGAAAUUCGUUUCCUUCUUCAAAAGAUGGUGUCUCGACAAAAAAGCAUGGAUUAGUGUCGUCUGUACCAGAUCAUUUGAGGAAACGGAAGGAAGUUGAUCCAUUCAGAAAGUCUAACUUGGUGCCAAACAAAUCCCAGAAGAUAAUGGGAUCUGGAGAGUCCCGUGAAGCUUGCAGAAAGAAAUUGAAAGUGAAUGAACCACAUGAAGCUGGAAAAAACAAGCUGGGAGUGAAAGAGGCAAGCAAAGCUUCACUGGGUGAAAGAUUGUUUAAUUACAUGCAGGAACCUAACAUAGUAAAGCCUCGGAGCUUGGUUUCAGUUGAUAGCAAACACAAUAAUAAGACUGACUCAGUUGCCUCGAGGGAGCCAGGAAGUGAAAUUCCUACAUUAGACAAUGAUUCUCAAAGGAGGCUCUUGGUGAUAAUGAAAAAAGCUUCAGACGAAAUAACUAUGGAAACUAUAUUAAAGAAAUACAAAAGUCCAUCUACGUAUAAAAGCUCCUCAACGAAUGUUGUGAAUAAGACGAUCACUAUGGGGAAGGUAGAGGGCUCAGUUCAGGCUGUCCGAACAGCACUAAAAAAGCUUGAGGAAGGAGGAAACAUUGAGGAUGCAAUAGCAGUUUGUGAGCCAGAUCUUCUGAGCCAAAUCGUCAAGUGGAAGGAUAAGCUCAAAGUUUAUCUUGCUCCUUUUCUCCAUGGUGCACGCUAUUCUUCCUUUGGUCGUCAUUUUACAAAACCCGACAAACUUCAACAGAUUGUAGAUAGGCUCCAUUGGUAUGCAGAAGAUGGUGAUAUGAUUGUCGACUUUUGUUGUGGUGCUAAUGACUUUAGCUGUCAGAUGAAAGUGAAGCUUGAAGAAACGGGCAAGAAGUGUUUUUAUAAAAAUUACGAUCUUUUUCCAGCGAAGAAUGAUUUCUGUUUUGAGAAAAGAGAUUGGCUGGCUGCGAGGAAAGAGGAUUUGGGAUUGGCACCUGGUGAAAGGCUGAUUAUGGGGCUAAAUCCGCCAUUUGGAGUCAAGGCUUCUCUUGCAAACUCGUUUAUUGCUAAGGCUCUUGAGUUUCGGCCAAAAAUUCUCAUCCUCAUUGUUCCUCCCGAGACUGAAAGGUUAGAUAAAAAAUCUUAUGUGCUUAUAUGGGAGGAUGCAGCCAUCGUAGCUGGAAAGUCAUUUUACGUCCCUGGAUCUGUCAAUGAAGAAGACAAACAAUUAGAGGACAGCUGGAAUAAUGUUUCACCGCCGCUUUCUCUCUGGAGUCGGUCUGAUUUUGCAGCCAAGCACAAGGAAAUAGCGGAAAAGCAUAACCAUUUGUCUAGCGAUGUGGGGAGCUCAAAGUUAAAGAAAAUUGAAGAAGAAGCAAACAUAUCUUUGUAUCCACUUGGAGCUUCUGAUGGCAUAUGUGAUAAUAAUUCUGUGACGAGAGAUGGUGCAUUUGAAAAUGGUGAGGAUGUUCCUAUGGAAAUAGAUGAACUUGAGGUAGCUGAUUGUGUUAAUAAGAUUCUGGUCUCUGAGAAAAUCGAACCACGGGAAACUGUAGCAUGUGUAAAUCAUCAGUCAGAUCACUUGUCAAGGAGAAGUCAGCUGGAAAAGGAGAAAAAGACUAAAGACUCCGCUGGUAGGAUGCUUGGGAAGUCGGUGGAUUGGAAGAACAGUGACAUGGGAGAUGACCGAGGAAAGUUGAAUAGAGGACCGGAGAGCAUCGAAGUAAAUAUCCCUGAGACGACAUCUGAUUGGCAGAGUCCUGCGAGGUCUUCUUCAGAUGAUAUAUAUGCCGUCUGCACAUCAAUAUCCAAUACUACACCACAAAGAUCUCACGAGUCUGUAGAAGCAUCUCUGCCUUCAAUAACAAGGACAAAAAGUAACUUGGGAAAUAAUAUUAGAGAACACGAUCGUAGAGUGCAGGGCAGUAGAAAACCUGAAGAGAUGCGAAAUCGGCCGACGAGCUCUGCAAGAUCUUCUAGAGAGGACGACAUCUACACUGCUCGUCUAUCACCAGCUAAUACGGGUGAGAAACCAUGUGAAGCGUUUGAACAAUCUUAUGGUGCAACUUUAUCCCAUUUCGACGAUGGUCUUGCUGCUAAGUAUGGUGGUUUUGGUGGAGACUACAGAAUCCCGGAUCCUCCUUUAAUUCCGGACCAGUUUUCACUGGCCCCAUCUCUGAGGAAUAGUCCUAACGAGGUGUUUGAUUACCGAGGAUACUCUGACCUCAACAGAGGGCUUGGUCCGAGAGAGUAUCCACAGCAGUAUGGUGGGCACUUGGACCCCAUGUUAGCACCUCCUCCUCCAAGUCUGACGGACAAUUCCUUUUCGUUGCAACAACGUUAUGCGCCUCAUUUUGAUGAAAUGAAUUACCAGAGGAUGAGCUCUUUCCCAUCUCAGCCUCCAAUGCAAUCUAGUGGAGACAAAAUCUAUGAUUCUCCAGGCUUUCCGCUGCAACCGCCACCACCUGGAGACUUUGGGAUGAGUCCAUUGGGUUUUGCCCCUGGUCCGAACUACCCUUAUAUUGGUAGAUCUGGCGGUUGGCUUGACGACUAGACCAGCUCUCAUUUUCCUUGUAUUUGUAACAUUAGUUUAGUUUAGACCUAUUCUCUAAAGCUGUAGGACGCUUAGAAGAAGAAAGAAAUCUAUAGCUUUUCUCUUCCACUCAUAUUUCUUGCUAGUGGGCCUUUUUGAUUCUGUUUAAUAAUAAUAAAAA